AACAAUAUUGAUCGAUGACUCCACGAUCAUCUACCGGAUAAAUAAUUCUCCGCCAAAAUUAUUUCCUACACUCGAAAGACUUCUAGACGCCAAACCGACAUAUUCAACUACACCGGCAUUCCUCUCCUUCAGCAUGGGUUCGAAGAAGAUUCGCUCGAAGCCGCCGCCAAGUGCUGCCUCUGAAGACAAGCCUGCCAACAAAUUGAGACGCCAGUUGCUACAUGUCAAACGCAAACGUGCCAAAGAAGCCGCACGGCGGGCAGAGCGAUUCGCUCGGAAGAAGGAAGAGGCCAAGAAUCCGAGUCUGAAAGCAGAGCGUCUACAGCGCAAUGUUCCAUUGACAUUGGAGCGAAAGCGUGUGUGGGAUGAGGGUGGUAGCGAUGUUGAAGAUGGACUCGGACUCAGCGUCGACGUGGAGAGAAUCAAGAGACUAAGGAAGGAGGAGGAGGAGGAAGAACUCAAUCGGCCAGUGGAAGAGGAUGUAGAUUCAGAUCAAGGGUCAGAAGAUUGUGAUGAGAUUGACAGUAUGAUCGCCACGAGCGACGAAGAGGAGGACGAAGAAGGCGACGAGAAAAGCGAACACAAGACCCAGGACAGAGGCCGGCGCAAGUUAUCCGUGCCAACAGCAACAGAGCGCGCAACAAGUCCAACACAAUCUAUAAGGAGUACGAACUUGAACCUGGCACCGGAGGCACUUGCGGCGAAGUUUUCAGCUCUCUUUAGCAAAGACGUGCCGCCAACGCCCAAGAUCCUCAUUACCACCUCAAUCAAUUCAACUCUCCACCAUGAAGCCGAAAUCCUCACGAACCUCUUUCCUAACAGUGUCUAUAUUCGACGCACAGCCCAUCACUACGCAUAUAAAUUUUCCCUUCGAGAGAUAUCAUCGUUUGCAUCAAAUCGGAACUACACAGCCGUUGUUGUCCUGAAUGAAGACCAAAAGCGGCCGUCAGGUUUGACGAUUGUCCAUCUGCCUCACGGACCCACAUUCCACUUUACAGUCAGCAACUGGGUCGAGGGCAAGAAACUGCCUGGUCAUGGAAAGGCGACUGACCAUUGGCCGGAGCUGAUCCUGAACAACUUCCGUACUCCGCUUGGCCUGCUCACGGCGCAUUUGUUCCGGGCCUUGUUCCCACCCCAGCCUGAGUUUGAAGGCCGUCAGGUGGUCACACUACACAAUCAACGGGAUUAUAUCUUCGUGAGGCGACAUCGGUAUGUGUUCCGAGAGAAACGAGAAACGGAGAAGCGCGUCGUGGGGGCAGAUGGGAAGGAGAUGAAAGGAGCAGAGGAUAUCCGGGCUGGUCUGCAGGAGUUGGGGCCUCGAUUCACGCUGAAGCUACGACGUGUCGACAAGGGCAUCCAGAGGGCUAGUGGACAAGAGUGGGAAUGGAAGGGAGGAAUGGAGAAGCAGAGAACAAAAUUCCAGCUGUAGAGGGUUUCUUUUCUUUCUGUGUUCGCUCAUGUUGUCUCGCUGUCGCCGUCAUGAUAUCUGGCUUGGUUGCAUAUAGGGUUAGAUCGGAGUUCCAUUUUUUUGAUUCAAU